AGGGGAGGAAGUCAGCGAUGGGGAGGGAAUGAGGUCAGCUAUGGGGAGGGGAGGAAGAGGGAGAUCGGGAGGAGGAGGUGGAAGAGAAAGAUUGGAGGAGGAGGAGGAGGUCAGUGAUGGGGAGGGGAGAAAGUCAGCGAUGAGGAGGGAAUGAGGUCCACGAUGGGGAGGGGAGGAAGAGGGAGAUUGGGAGGAGGAGGUGGAAGAGGACGACGGGGAGGAGGAGGAAGUCAGCGAUCGGGAGGGAAGGAAGAGGAUCGGGAGGAGGAGGUAGAAGAGGACGACGGGGAGGAUGAGGGCGAAGAGGGCGAUGGGGAGGAGGAAGAUGACGAAGACGAUCGAGAGGAGGAGGAGGAAGUCAGCAUUGGGGAGGGGAGGAAGAGGCAGAUCGGGAGGAGGAGGGGGAAGAGGACAGAGGAAGUCAGCAUUGGGGAGGGUAGGAAGAGGCAGAUCGGGCGAAGGAGGAGGAAGAGGACGACGGGGAGGAGGAGGACGAAGAGGGCGACGAGGAGGAGGAAGACGACAAAGACGAUCGGGAGGAGGAGGAGGAAGUCAGCGAUAAGGACGAAAUCGACGAUGGGGAGGAGGAGGAAGACGACGGGGAGGAGGACGUGGCAAGGGAGGAGGAGGAAGUCGACGCUCCACGGCAGCUCCACGGCAGAUGGCGAUGGUGACGACCAGGGCUAUGGUGAGGACCAGGAUGACGAGGACGGACGGCGGAUGGCGAGGCCGGCGACCAGGGCAAUGGCAGCAGCUCCACAGCAGCUCCACGACAGCUCCACGAUGGUGACACGGCAGGUGGCGAAGGUGACGACCAGGGCGAUGGCGACGACCAGGAUGACGAGGACGGACUGCAGCGGGGUGGAGGGUUGACGCGGCUCGGGGGGGUAAACCUUCCCGGCACGAAUUUGAAAAUCGUGUCG